AUGGCUUUUGUUAGGCUCGCUCCUUUCGCUCUCUUCUUCCUUGCUACUUCCUUGUUAUCAAUGAAGAGAAUAGAAGCAGGUUGUUUGGAUUUUUGUUUAACGAUUGACACGCAACCAUGUGGCUCGAGCGUAUGUAGCUGUGUUCCUGUUGCAGUAAUUGCUGGUAUCUGCUUACCUGAUAUAGCAGUUGAGUCCAUUGCGAAGAGGCUUGAUGAAUAUCCCCAGCUAUGUGUGUCUCAUCAUGAUUGUGUGAAGAAAGGCAGUGGCAACUUCUGUACUCGUUCUCUUUAUCCAAAUGUGCCUUUUGGCUGGUGCUCUCACUCCAACACUGAACCACUGAAAGGUUUCUUGGCUAUGCCUGAAGCAAUUGACAAGUGA